UCAGUCCUCACCAACCCUCAGUUUGUCUUGGAGUGCGAAUGAUAUGCAUUGUCACUAACAAUUUUAUCGAUCGUAUUUAAUUUUCACAGUCUACUCUAUACUCUAUCCCAUUAUAAUCAGUAUAAAUUACCGCGGUAACGAUUUAUAAAGUGGAAAAUUUACCAUAAUGAACUAUUAUUUUUAUUUAUUUGAUACUGCUGUCAAUAACUCCUGUAAAAAUAAACUGACUUAUGGUUAUGCUGUAAAAAAAUUAUUUAACACUACGGCUAAUUUUUCAAGAAUAAAUUUUCCGGGCUUAAAAUAUUCUUUUAUUGAAAUUUUAUCAUCGAUGAAGGGACCAAUAAUUUUUUAUCCGACAGUGCGUGCUUGUGAUUCUUCUAUCGUUAGAUGGAGCAAACUGGGGCAUGCAAAUUCAAUAAUGAAAGCUUAUUAAAAAAAUAUAAUGAUAAUGAAAUAGACUUAAUGUCAGUAAGAGAGUAUAAGAGUGAGGGAACCCCGUAAAACGGAACUACGAUGAAAAUCUCACGCUUCUGUGACGUUGUCUCAUUAAUUAUUCAGCGAUUUUUCAUGUGUCUUUUUUGUAUUGCCUCGACAGCACGCAGUAUAGAUCUUUCGCAAUGUAUAAAUCCAUUAGGAAUGGAAUCAGGUGCAAUUUUGGAUGCAGAUAUUACUGCAAGUUCUAGUUUUGAUAGUGGAAAUGUAGGACCACGUCAAUCGAGACUAAGAACAGAGAAUCAUGGUGGAGCUUGGUGUCCUAAAGCACAAAUUACCAGUGAGCCUCGUGAAUGGCUCGAAAUCGAUUUGCAUUCUGUACAUAUGAUCACUGGUACAAAUACUCAAGGCCGUUUUGGAAAUGGAGUGGGAGUUGAGUACGCAGAGGGUUAUUUGUUAGAAUAUUGGCGCCCGCGGCUCGGUAAAUGGGUACGGUACAGAGACAUCAAAGGAAAGGAGAUUCUCAAAGGGAAUACAAAUACAUAUUUAGAAAAUAAACAUGAAUUAGACCCGCCAUUAUGGGCAAGUAAAAUAAGAUUUUUACCCUACAGUAAUCAUCGACGGACUGUUUGUAUGAGGGUCGAAUUAUAUGGCUGCCUUUGGACGGAUGGUAUAGUGGCUUACUCGAUGCCUCAAGGCGAUACGAGAGGAAACGAAUGGGAGUUCUUUGACGCAAGUUAUGAUGGUCACUGGGAUGGUGAAUUACGUCGUGGUUUGGGACAAUUAGUUGACAGUAAAAUUGGCCCGGAUAAUUUUAAAAUGGGGUAUUAUGACUCAGUACGUAGUCAGGGCUGGGUUGCUUGGAGAAACGAUACACGUGAUAAUGAACCUAUUGAAAUUAAAUUUGAAUUCGAUACUGUACGGGAAUUCGCUGCUGUUCAUCUUUAUUGCAAUAAUCAAUUUAGUAGAGAUGUUCAAGUAUUUUCACAAGUAGAUGUAUUAUUUAGUAUUGGAGGAACUUAUUUUAGUGGUGAACCAAUAGUCUAUACAUACAUGGAAGACAAAAUAUUUGAAACUUCACGUAAUAUUACAAUUAAACUUCACCACCGUGUCGGAAAAUUUAUAAUACUUCGUCUCCAUUUUUCAUCAAAGUGGAUAAUGCUCAGUGAAGUUAUAUUUGAUUCCGAUAUCGCUCAUGGUAAUUUCACACCUGAAGAAUUUGCAACAACCGAUUUAUCAUCAUUACCAGACGAGUUUUUUACAAAUAAUAAAAAUACAGUAUCAGAUAGUGAGCUUCCGGUAUUAACUGCACAACAUGAUGAUCCGACAUACAUGGCAGUAGUGAUCGGUGUUCUUACAGCAAUAAUUCUACUGUUAGCCGUAGCAAUAUUUUUUAUCGUAUCACGCCACAGACAACGUAAAUGUUUUGCAAGCCCAGUGGCAGUUAAAGUACCAUCACAUCUCAGUUCAACGUGUGCGACUGUCGAAAAAGGAGCAGCACUAAUGGCUUACACGUUAGAAGAAGAUGAAGGUCGAUAUGCUGGCGGUGGCACAACUUCAACAUUACCGCGUGAACUUGACAAUCGACUUUUAGACCUUGUUAAAUUAGAUGAGUACCAAGAGCCUUAUCAAGCUCUUAAAUACGCUCCGUACUACAGCUACAGCACUAUUAUUAUGGAAAUGAAGGACAUGAUGUUGAACAAUAUGGGUACUGGUAUCAAUUACGCUGCCGUUCCAGAGGUCGUUACCGUACCUCUUCUAAAUCCCGAGGGUACCUUUUCAACGCACGAAAUUGCGUCUAGUUCAGUAUCUAGUGUAAGUGCCAGUGAUGAUCAAGACAGUAUUUUCUCAAAAUCGUCGUCUCGUAACAGCCGCAUUGAUGAUAAAAAGUCACCAACACAACAAGACGUUCUUGCGGCACUAAAAAAACGCUUGGAACAGUCAACAGUACCAUUAUUCCCACGACAUCGACUACGAAUGCUUUCUAAAUUAGCCGAGGGAGCAUUUGGAUCGGUCUAUGUAGCAGAAGCUGAAGGAAUUCCCGAGUAUGGUACUGAUUCUAAUACACUCGGCAAAAGACUUGUUGCUGUUAAAUUUUUACUGCCUGAUGCCAGUGAAAAAGAAAAACUUGACUUCCAACGGGAUGUAAGAAUUUUAGCGGCACUCGAAGAUAUAAAUAUAGCAAGAGUUUUAGGAGUUUGUUGUCGUGAAGAACCUUAUUGUGUUGUAAUGGAAUAUUUAGAACAUGGUGAUCUUUGUCAAUUUUUAAAGACUCAUAUUACUGUUGAAGAUGCGCAUUCUAUGCCACAUGGUGUUAAAACUCUUAGUUUCAAUUGUCUUAUUUAUAUGGCUGCCCAAAUUGCAUCAGGAAUGCGAUACUUAGAAAAUUUAAAUUUCGUUCAUCGAGAUUUAGCUACUAGGAAUUGUUUAGUUGGUAAGGCAUAUCUUAUAAAAAUUUCCGACUUUGGCACAGAUAAUGAACUAUAUGCUGGUGAUUACUAUCAAGUUAAUGAUGGCGCAUUACUACCAGUGCGUUGGAUGGCUUGGGAAUGUGUUUUCUUGAGAAAAUACACGACUAAGAGCGACGUUUGGGCAUUUGCGGUUACACUUUGGGAAAUUUUGAAUCUCGGCCGGCAUGUGCCUUACGAGGAUCUAACCGACGAAGAAGUUGUUGAAAAUCUUGAACAAUUACACACCGAAAAUGUAAAUUGUCAUAAUGGUAGGAAUGACAAUGACACAAAAGUACGUGUAUUAUUUGAAUAUUUACCGAAACCAAAAACAUCUAGUAAAGACAUUUACGAUUUAAUGUUGGAAUGUUGGAGACGAGACGAAAAUAGUCGUCCGACUUUCCGUGAAAUAUCACUUUUUCUUCAAAGAAAAAAUCUUGGAUAUGCACCAACUUGUUAAUAAUAUUUUUUAAAAAUAUGUUCGAUAUUAUUUAAUUGAACAAUCAUACGGAUGCAUAAUUAGAUGUGUAUUAUAAUUAUAAUAAUUAGUAAUAAGUAUUAACAUAAAGAAAACUAUCAAAAAGUAUUUAUUAAAUAUGCAUUUAAUGCAUUUUAACAAACAAAUAAUUGAAAUACGGUAGUUUCAAAUUACAUAUAUAUAUUAGGGUAGUCGUUAAAAUUAAAUUUUCUGACGCCCCAUAAAAAGCUUCUUUUUAGUGAAAAAAUACGUGGGGAACUGAGUUUUUUCUUUUUAAGUAAAAAGAACACGUGCCUCAGGACAAUCAAAGUUCAUUUUUCGAUACAAUCGCGGUUUUUUUUAAAUAUCUCAUGAAAUAUGCAGAUUAAAGGAAAAAAUCAUAGAAGCAAAUUUGUAGGAAAUUAAAUUUUUGACAAAAAAGGUCAUGUUCAUUUUUUUUAUAAAAUGUGUAUUUAUGAAGAUAUUUAAAAAACUUUUUUUAGAUCAGAUGAAUUGAGCGUUUGAAGGAUUACAAAUUUUGAAAAUAACAUUUUUCUAAGUAUAUAGAAAUUACAAUAAGCAUUAAUGAUUGAUAUGUUACGAGUUACGAAGUUGUCUAUAUUUAAGAAAAAAUGUCAUUUUUAUGUACCUGAAGAUCGGAACAUUUUUCGCGAAACGAAAAUCAAAAAACAAAAUGACAAGUAAGAAGUCUACUGGAUCUAGAGUUUUGAAAUGUUUCGUGCACGCGCUAGUAUGUCAGCCGAAAAUUGCAGGCCACUUCCAACUACCCCUUAAGCAGUCAAAUUACAUAAAUUUUUCAUUUUCCUUGCGCGAAAAACGUUUCGAUCUUCAGGUACAUUUAUUUUUAACAUUCGUUUUCCUUAAAAUGCUCAAUUGAUAAGAUCUAAAAAAGUUUUUUUAAAAUAUCUUCAUAAAUACACAUUUUAUAAAAAAAAUGAACAUGACCUUUUUUGUCAAGAAUUUAAUUUCCUACAAAAUUGUUCCUCUGAUUUUUUCCUUUAAUCUGCAUCUUUAAUGAGAUAUUUAAAAAAAACCGCGAUUGUAUCGAAAAAUGAACUUUAAUCGUCCUAAGGCACGUGUUUUUUUUAUUUAAAACAAAAAAACCAAAUUCCUCACGUAUUUUUUUACAAAAAAGAAGAUUUUGUGGGGCGCCCGAGAAAAUUUAAUUUUCAACGACCACUAUAAUAUAUAUAUGUCCCCGAAUGCGUAAAAUUGUUACGUAUACUAAUGUGUACUUUUUUUAAAAACUGAAAUUCGUAAUAAGUAAAUUGUAAGAAAUUUUUAUUACUAAGCUUCAAAAAAUGAAACGAUCAUUAAAAAUGAUCGGCUUACAUAUCUUAUUUAUUAAAUUACUUUUUUUUUUAAUUUAAAAAUUUUUAAAACACUGAUGUAUUAAAUAUAUGAAAGAUGUGAGUAAAUAAUUAUGAUAUAAAUAUAUCGUUACUAAGUAUAGUGUUAAUUUAAAUAAAAAUUGGCAAUAAAACGACUCGAUUGUGAUUUUUUAAAUCACAAUAAAAUUUAAUACUGCAAGCCAUAAGAUAAAAUGCUUCUCCCCUACGUGGUAUAUAUUUUAAACUUAUGAAAAGAUUUGAUUUUUCAUUGUUACAAUGACAGUAUCAAUAAUAAUAUUAAUAAUAAUAAUAAUAAAAUGAAAUCAUGCGUAAUUAUGUUCAUGUUAUCACCUAUAACAUAACUAUAUAUUUGUAUAUAUUAGACGGGAUCAACUAUAAAAGUACCUUUCAUAAAUCAUUAUAAUUCAGAAUUAUAUAAAAAAAAUAUCACUAAACAACGAAAAGUUAAAAAAGAUUAUUUACAAAAAUUAUUCAUAUUGAAAAUUAAAUUAUAAAUUUUCAACGAAAUUAUAAUAUUCUUCAUAAAUUAACAAUUCAUUUAUUGAGUAUACUUUUUUUUAGUAAUGAAAUUAUUUUUAACUAUACCUGCGUUGAAAGUUUAAAUUCCUGCCCUGUUUCGAGGGAAGAAAGUCGUUCUCUUCUUUUGUGAGAAAAUGCAUGAUAAGAAUCAGCGCGUGCGACAUUCUUCCCACAAACGGAGGUAAAAAUUUCAACUUUCAGGUGCACUGAGAGAACAAUUUAUUUGAGCCAAAUAAAUAGAUUUAUUUGACUGAACAAAAUCAUUUAUUUCAUUCAAAUAUAUAUUCGUUUAUAGUUAACAAAUCUUGGUUAAAAAAAAAUUCAAAACAAAGAUUUGUUAACUAUAAACAAAUCAUGAUUUCAUUCAAAUGAACCAUAUCUUUGUCUCAAAUUGGGUCCAUUCAAAUAUGGGAUUUAUUUGCUUGAAACGAAUCUUAUUUGGCUCAAAUAAAUUGUUCUCUCAGUGUGUAGAUCUGGUGAAAAAUUGUAUGUACACCACGGAGGAAGGUAGGACGACCCAAUCCACGUGGUUAUCAAUUACACACGGGGGUUGUAAUAUCCCACUUUCCUCCCUUGGUAUGUAAUAUACUAUUUCAUGAUACCAGCAUCGAAACUUAAGAUUUCAUUGUUUCUACCGCCAGUCGUAAGAAGAUAAUUUCAGUCCAAUGCCGCGAAUGAAUAUUAGCAAACGCGUAAAAUGUGAAUGAUUCAGUCAGCGGGCAGAAACAAACUUGUUUCGUCCGUGGGAACAAACAAAUAAAGUUUCUGCCGCUGACUGAAGGCUUUCGCAAUUUAAACUCUGAUACUUGUCAUUUAUUUAAUAAUAAAUUCAGACCAUUAAUUUUAUUUACACGACAAUUUACGCUUACGCUAAUAGUUGAUGACAUCAUUGGUCUUAAAUUAACUUGUUUCUGACUGGCUGCUGACACUGAAACAUUAAAUUCCAAUGCAGGUGAUCAUGAAAAAUCUAGUGUGUAACUCAGGAUAUACACUCACAAUAUACUAUUAUAAAAUAUUCUGUUAAUUGCAUUUAUAAAUUUUUUUUUACUAUGUUGUUCCUGUAACAAAAUGAUAAUAAGUUAAUUAAUUAAUUAAUUAAUUUAUUCAAAUUAUAAGUUAACUAUAAUCAUCUUCCAAAUAAUUCCAUUUAUUAACUGUUGAUAAAUGUAUUUUUAAUUGAAUAAUUCACCAUCUUGUGGUUGAACUAUCAUGUAAACGUAGUAGACUGUACGAAGUAGUUAAUAAGAACGUUGUAAAAACCGCGUUAAAAAAAAAAUGAUAUACAUAUUGGUAUUUAUUGUGGCACUUAAUUAAUGGCUUCAUGCUUAAAACUUCUACGUUCCUAAAAAAUAUUAUAUUAAGAAACUGAUAAAAUAAAUUACUCACAUUAUUCAUUUAGUUUGAUUACUUAUAUAUUCGUACAAAAAUUAUGAUUUUCUGUUGCAUUUUUAAUAGUAUAUAUUAUUUUAGACAAUACUUUAAAAUAUCUAAACCAAAGAUUUAAGCUAUCGCCGUAAAUCAUGAUAAUUACAAAAUUAUUUGUAUUUAAUUUUCUUUACUUGGGU